AUGGGCACCUGGGUGGAUCUGCAUAAUCAAGGGCUCUCGGGGACGAUCCCUCCGCAGCUGGGCGACAACUCGCAGCUGGUGGAGCUUUACCUGUGGAACAACUCCAUCUCGGGCACCAUCCCUCCGGAGACGGGCAAGCUCUCGCAGCUGUGGCAGUUUGAUCUGUACAACAACUCCAUCUCGGGCACCAUCCCUCCGGAGACGGGCAAGCUCUCGCAGCUGGGGGUGCUUGCGCUGCGCAAAAACUCCAUCUCGGGCACCAUCCCUGCGGAGACGAGCAAGCUCUCGCAGCUGGGGGUGCUUAGUCUGUCCAACAAUGACAUCUCGGGCACCAUCCCUCCGGAGACGGGCAAGCUCUCGCAGCUGUACAUGCUUUACCUGUACAACAACUCCAUCUCGGGCACCAUCCCUGCGGAGACGAGCAUGCUCUACAACCUGACUCUUCUUAAGCUGUACAACAACCUCAUCUCGGGCAGCGUGCCGUCGCAGCUCAACAGCCUGCCG